ACAAAGGUGGCUCAGAACGGUUACGUACCAAUUUAUAACUAUCGGUCCACCAUUAUAUUUAAACCCCGAAGUUCCCAAAGCUUCAUCCAACUUUCACAUUGUUUGUUCUUCAAUGGCGGCUCACACUCUAGCUGUGAUCAUCAACAACCCAUUAAACAGCGCAGAAUUUCUCCUCCUGAAACAGACCCCACCCCCACUAUUCAAUGACCCCGACUACGAUUCCUUCGUCGAUUCCGACCUCUGGGACUUGCCGUCCGCUCAGCUGCUCCCUCUCACAUCGCCGUCGGAGUCCAAUGUCGUCGUCACUGCCGACGGAAGUUCCUCCCAUGAUUUCGAUUUCAGUAAAUUCGACCUCAAUUCAGCUCUUGUUCAGGUUCUGGGACAGCUGGGAUUUGGGGAGGCCAGUGAGGUAGAAUGGAAAUUCCACAAGUGUGUGGAAGAGCCUGAAUUUGGACCAGGAUUGCCUGCAAAAAUAGUCUAUAUUAUAGGAACCUUGGGUCUUAAAGAUGAGAAAUUGAAUGAACUUUCUAAGUGGAUGAGCAUUGAAAGGUGCCUUGAUAAGCUUAUUGAUGUAAAGCCUGGUGAUGACCGUAUAGGAUUAUUGGUUGCUGUUGGUCUUCUCAACACCUCAGAGCAAUCUGGAUACUGCAAAAUCCCUCAAACUUUGAAUUUUCAGGAAUACCCUACUGGUCUUAAACUUGUGCCAAUGGGAAGUAGAACUGCAAAGCCUUUUCUCACAACAAAUUUAAUUGUGCUUGUACCUGAGAAGAAUCAUGAUGUAUGCUCUGGUGAUAACUUUGCUGCUCAUGGAGAAGCACUGAUAGUAGAUCCAGGUUGCAAGUCAGCUUUCUACGAAGAGCUGAGGGAGAUAAUUUCUGCUUUGCCCAGAAAGUUAGUCGUCUUUGUAACCCAUCAUCAUCAUGAUCAUGUUGAUGGUCUUUCAGUAGUCCAGAAAUGCAACCCUGAUGCUACUCUUUUAGCUCAUGAGAAUACCAUGUGCCAAAUUGGAAAAGGUGAUUGGUCUCUUGAUUAUGUUUCAGUUUCUGGAUCUGAGGAAGUUUGCAUCGGUGGUCAGCGAUUGAGAAUCAUCUCAGCACCGGGGCAUACUGAUGGGCACUUGGGAUUACUUCAUGUCAAUACCAACUCUUUGAUUGUGGGAGAUCAUUGUGUUGGGCAAGGAAGUGCUAUUUUAGAUAUUAAUUCUGGUGGAAAUAUGGGUGAUUACUUCCAGACAACUUAUAAAUUUCUGGAGCUUUCACCUCAUGCCUUGAUUCCCAUGCAUGGACGAGUUAAUAUGUGGCCUAAACAUAUGCUCUGUGGAUAUCUCAGAAACCGGAGAAACAGAGAGUCGACCAUCUUCAAAGCAAUUGAGAAUGGAGCCAAAACACUGUUCGAUGUAGUUGCUUAUACGUACCAUGAUGUCAACCCAAGUUUCUGGAUUCAUGCUUCGUCCAACGUAAGGCUUCAUGUGGAUCAUCUAGCUCAGCAGGAUAAGUUGCCAAAGGACUUCUCACUUCAUAAAUUUGGGAAGACUUGUGGAUUGCAUUUUGUGUUGCGAUGGGUACCGGUGUAUCUAAGUAGCACACUCUCAAUAAAGCCGAGGAUGCCAAGAAAACCGUUCUUCUAUGGUGCUGCUGUGGCGGUGGCAGCGGCUAGCUUGGCUAUGUUCUUGUCUAUGAGAGAGCAACACAAUCAUGGGUGAGCAAUUCCAAUACAUUUAUGCAGUACAUGGAUUAAGGAAGGUAGAAAAUCUUGUUUUUGAUGCAUAGAUUGUCUUCCCCUCAGUUAUGUUUUAUGUUGUAUGUACAAUAUACUACAAUCACCCUACUCUUAGGGAUUAUAUAUACCAUUUAUAAUAUGAAUCAACUAUGGUUCCCUUUCUAGGAUGGUUUUGGGUAAAAA